GCUGAUCUAGUCAUCUAUUCUGUUGUUAUUGUUUAAUGAUAUGCAUUUUUUCGUUUGGGUUUUUUCCUUUGCUGUUGGUUAAAACUGGUUUAUAGUGGAAUAGUUUAAAGCCCUCUGGUGUCUCCAAGAGAGCUUGGAAGGUUCAUCAUCCAAUCCAGUAUUGGAUGGUGAAAACUUAUAGAAAGUCUUAUUUGUGGUGAUUAUAGCAUAAUAACCAUUACAAUGGAUUCUGUAACUGAGAUUGGAAAAAGCGUGUUAGAAACGGUGAAAGUGGUUGUUCGUGUUCGACCUAUGAGUGAUAGAGAAAUUGCUGCUGGUCAUCAUCCGGUUGUGAAAAUUUCUCCAGAACGUGGCGCCAUCGAAUUAGUUAGUUCCAAGCACAGUCCAAAAUGUUUCACUUUUGAUGCGGUUUAUGACUGUGGUUCUCAAGCUGAGAUCUAUGAUGAAGUGUUUCGCCCUCUGGUCGAUUCAGUUAUCUGUGGCUUUAAUGCCACUAUUUUUGCGUAUGGACAAACAGGUGCUGGUAAAACCUAUACAAUGGAAGGGAUUAUAGGUGAUCCAGAACAUCAAGGUCUUAUGCCACAUUCCUUCAAGCAUAUUUUCAAUCAUAUUGCCCGCUCAGAAGACACUCAAUUUCUGGUUUCCGCUUCAUAUCUUGAAAUAUAUCAAGAAGAAGUAAGAGACUUGCUUUCCUCUGAACCUAGAAAAAAAUUGGAAGUUCGCGAAAGAAAUGAUACUGGUGUCUAUGUCAAAGAUUUAAAAGUCGUAAUUUGUAAAACUGUUAACGAUUUAGAAAAGGUUAUGAUAGAUGGAAAAAGAAAUCGAAGUAUUGGGAUGACUAAUAUGAAUGCUCACAGCUCAAGAUCACAUGCCAUAUUUUUUGUGUCUAUUGAAUCUUGUGAAUCUGAUGCUGAAGGUAACCAGCAUGUAAAAAUAGGAAAGUUACAUCUUGUUGAUCUCGCUGGAAGUGAAAAGCAGGCAAAGACUGGAACAGUGGGGAAAGCUCAACGUGAAUCGAUUAAAAUUAACCUCUCUCUAUCAGCAUUAGGAAAUGUGAUAUCGGCUUUAGUUGAUGGUAAAAGUACUCAUGUGCCUUACAGAGAUUCCAAGUUAACACGCUUACUGCAGGAUUCUCUAGGAGGGAAUGCAAAAACAAUAAUGAUUGCUAAUAUAGGUCCUGCAUCAUACAAUUUUGAUGAAACUCUUACUACUCUGAGAUAUGCAAAUCGAGCCAAGAAUAUCAAAAACAAACCUGUUGUCAAUGUUGAUCCGAAAGAUGCAGUUUUACUUCAAUAUCAACAAGAAAUAAAACGGCUAAAAUCCCAGUUGGCUCUAAAAGAAGCUAAGAGAAAGAAGAAAAAAGAAACUGCCAAAAUUAUAGAAGAAGAAGUCAUUGAUGUUUUAGAGCCAUCAAGUGCAGAAGUAGUCAAAAAAAUGGAAAAUUUGCUUCAAGAAGAACGAGUAGCAUAUUUGAAUGAACAAAACCUUGUGUCAGAAGCAAAAGAAAAAAUUCUGAGAGACAUAAAAGCAAAGGAUGAAGAGCUGCGCCUUGAAAACGAAGCUAAGGAGAAAAUUAAAAGUCAACUGCAGGAACUUGAAGCUAAAUUAUUGUGUGGUGGAAAAAAUAUCCGGGAUCACACGAAUGAACAGCAACAAAUUUUAGAGAAGCAACGUCAAGAAUUAGCUGAACAAAAGUGCAGGGAACGAGAAAUAUUGAAAAAGCUUCAUGAGGAAGAAGAAAGCACUAUUGAGAAGAAAGGAACAUAUGACUCCCUGCAGCAAGAAGUGGAAGUCAAAACAAAAAAAUUGAAAAAAUUAUUUCAACGCUUGCAAGCUCUGAAGGAAGAUAUCAAUGAUGAGCAGGAAAUCAACUCAUUUGAAAGACAGGAAAAAGAAGGGACCAUUGAAACAUUAACGAGAGAUUUAAAACUAUCGAAUCUAGUCAUUGACAAUUUUAUAAAUCCAGAAGAUAAAGCUAAAUUUUUGGAAAAUGUUAAGUAUGAUGAAGAUGAAGAUUGCUGGAUAAUUUACCCAUCACAAAAUCUGAGUUACUCUCAUUUCAAUCCAGCUGAACGACCAACUUCAGCUAACCAAUUCAGAAGACCAACAACAAGUUUUGCUGCAAAGAUGAAUAAAUUGUCACCUAAUCCCAGAUUUAAGUCUGAAAAUAUAGCAGUUGCUGACUUUGCAAUGCCCAGAACGCGUACAAUUGAUCAUUAUGAACCAGAUAUAGAUCCUUAUGCUAGAGAAGCUGUUAGUAACCUACUCUCUACUGCAGUGUUUCAUGUUCAAACUGUGGAUACUAGCUCUGAUCCAAAUUCAGACUGUCCCUUUAGUCCAGACAGUCUCCAGGGGAAAAAUUGGAGAAGGACUCGAACAUCAACUCCACAUUCAAGGCAAGUCAAAGCAAAGACAGAUGUCGAAAAGUAUCCUGUUCCUCGUGGAUUGGUUCCAAAAUAA